GUACAGCCUUUCACCACUGCUCAAAGCUAAAAGUAAAAGGCCUAAAACCUUCCCGUCUUGUCUUUGUCGUUUCAAAUCCUCUCUUCUUUUCUUUUUGAAACGUUUCUUUUCGCUCCUUUCUUUGGAAAAAAAAAACCGUUUUUAGGGUUUCUUCAGCUAUUUUAUCCAUGUUCUUGUAAAUUUCAUGUGCUUUUAAUUCAAUUCGUCGUCUCGGCGUUCUAAGUUACCUUUCAGUUUUGGGGUUUAUGUGACAUGCAGGCCAUUGAUUCUUCACGCAGUUCGAAUAUUUCCAUUCCCUGCAUUUCCUCAAUUUGGGAAAUACCCUUCUUCUCUUUCUCAAUUGCACCCUGCUUUUGUUCCAUUUCAGCUUUGGGGUUUAACGAUCCAAGUCUCCUUCAAUUUGGUGCUUUAGAGUUUUUGGUGGUUGUGGGAUGAAUAGUGUAUUCAGUGAACAGAUACUUGCAGAAAAGCUCUCCAAGCUCAAUAGCACUCAGCAGUGUAUCGAAACAUUGUCACAUUGGUGUAUAUUUCACCGGAGCAAGGCAGAACUUGUUGUUGCAACAUGGGAUAAACAGUUUCACAGCUCAGAGAUGGUUCAGAAAGUCCCCCUCCUGUACCUUGCCAAUGAUAUUCUACAGAACAGCAAACGUAAAGGAAAUGAAUUUGUUAAUGAGUUCUGGAAAGUCCUUCCAGCAGCCCUGAAAGACCUACUUGAGAAGGGUGAUGAUCGUGGGAAGAAUGUGGUUUCUAGACUGGUAGGUAUAUGGGAAGAAAGAAGAGUCUUUGGGUCCCGAGCACGAAGUCUAAAGGAUGUCAUGCUUGGUGAAGAAAUGCCUCCACCAUUGGAAUUAAGCAAAAAACGUCCGCGCUCUGCCUCUGUUAGAAUUGUGAAGCGGGAUUCACGAUCCAUUAAAACGAAGUUGUCAAUUGGGGGCACAACUGAAAAAAUAGUUUCAGCAUUUCAUUUGGUGCUCAGUGAACAGCCAACUGAGGACGAAGAGAUGAGUAAGUGUAAGUCAGCAGUUCAUCGUGUGAGGAAGAUGGAAAAAGAUGUGGAUAUUGCUUGUGCAAUUGAAAAAGAUCCAAAACGAAUAACUUUGGCCAAAGAACUAGAAGAUGAAGAAAAUCUUCUGAAAGAGUGCAUUGAGAAACUCAAGUCAGCCGAAGCAAGUAGAGCAGCACUUGUAUCGCAGUUAAAAGAAGCUUUUCAUGAACAGGAAUCUGAGUUGGAGAAUGUUCGAACCCAGAUGCAGGUAGCACAAGCACAGGCAGAGGAAGCCUGUAACAUGCGGAAGCGGCUCAAUGAUGGAGAUUAUGUAUCAACAUCAUCUACUACAACAAUCCUGUCAAUUGAUGCCAAUGCAAAACCUGGAGAAACACCAAAGAGGACGGCUGCAGCUAUCGCAGCUGAGGUUGCAGACAAGCUUGCAGCUUCUAGCUCCUCUCAAAUGAUCAUGCACUCUGUUCUUUCUACAUUUGCAGCUGAAGAAGCAAAAAGUGCUGGUCUAACAAAGGCGUCCUCUCAGUCAAACUCCCUCACAUCAGUACCUGUCAGUUCUGUUAUUGAUGCAAUUUCGAAAUCGGAGAAAUCAAUGCCAGUUGCAGAUCCUAAUGUUUUUAUGCCAGCACAAGCACUUGUUGCCCCAAUAAACCAUUCUUAUCAAUCAGUUCUGGUGCCUCAACCAGCCAUGCAAAGCCAAACCACCUCUCAAGCUCAAUAUCACAUGCUUCCUAACAUGUCCUCACAACAGUUUUUGCAGCCAUCAGGGGGAACUAUAACCCCAUACGGUAGUUAUGGUUGUAUGCCUCCAUUGCCACCUGGAGCACCGCCGCCACCUCCCUAUAUGGUUAGUCCUAUGGUGCCUCUGACUCCACAACCAUUGCCAAUAACUCAGCAGCAGUCGAUACCAUCGGCUCAGCAAACCCCUUUGACUCAGCAGCAACUGCUACCCAUAACUCAGCAACCACCUGUGCCUCCUAGUUUCCGGCCUCUUCAACCGCCAGGAAUGGUGUACUAUGGUCAUCCACCUCAUUCAUAGUAAAUAAGAUCUUGUAGAUUAGGCAGAUGAAAAUUUUGAAAUUUUGUUUGUGAGAAAUUGGAAUUGUCGAGAUAAUCAGUUGUAGAAGUCCCAGAAUAAUUUAUACAAAUGGUUCCAAUGAGCAACUAGUGACCAGGCAAGCAUUAGCAAUUUCUCUUCCGCAUAGUUAGUUGAGUUUGAAUCGUGCUACAUUAUUUUCUCUCUCCCGAGGGUUAGCCUGUUACCUAUGAUUUGCAAGAAUAAGCCAUUCCUUGAUACAGAUGUUGGUGCUUCCAUGACUUUAUUUUUUUUUUUUAAAUAUUGUAUGAUAACGAAGGUUAGAGCACUGCGAACUAUCAGAAAAUCUGGCCUUUAGGUUUAAAAUGCCAGAAAAAUCAUGAUAUGGUGACAUCAAAUAUCUCA